AUGGGUGUUGAAGGGUUAAUAGAAGAAACGGAGAGCUGGACCUGCGAGCCCCUUUCCGGAAGGCCGCUAGAUGAGAUUGUAAAAGAUGCUGAGAAUGCUGGUGACUUAGUGACUUAUAUUCGCCAACCAGAGGUAAGUUUGGACUUUAAAUUGAAGUUUAUUGCUGUGCACGAAGAGUUCUUUUCUGUGCAACUACCAGACCGGCAAUCAAGGAUAAGAACAUGUCAUAACCUGGGUGAUAAAGGGAUACAGAACGAAAUUGUAUUCGUUUUUGUACCUGGGUUAGGUGGCAACUUGGAACAGUUUGAGCCACUGCUCAAGCUACUAGAUUCGGAGCAAAAAGCUUUUUUGGCGUUUGACUCGCCUGGAUUUGGUCAAAGUUCCGAAUGGGAAGACUAUCCAAUGUUAAAAGUAGUGGAGCUUAUUUUCGUUCUUGUAUGUGAUGUAUUCAAAAAAUGGCCUACCGGUGGGUCAAGCGAUGAUGACACAAAUCCAUUUAAUGGCCGCAAAAUCAUCCUCGUAGGUCAUUCCAUGGGAUGUUUUCUGGCAUGUCAUCUUUAUGAACAGCACUUGGCAAUUCUCAGUGUGGUGGAGAAGUUUGUUCUAUUGACGCCUCCAAAAGCUCAUAUUGAGCAGCUUUCCAAGAAUAGACGUCUUUUCCAAUGGGCGCUUUAUGGCAUCUUCAAGCUGCCAUGGUUAUUUGACAUCUAUCGAAACAAAUUCGAUCAAGUAAAGGGUUUGGAAAGUUCCGGCAUCAAGCAGUAUUUUUAUCAAGAUAAUGAUGAUGUUAAGUUGAAGUAUAGGAAACUUUGGCAAUUUAAAAAUAAUAUUAGCAAUAAAAGCAGAACCAUCUUAGGUUAUUUGCUUGGAUGGGUAACUGUUGAUUGGGACAAAUUUAGUGUUAUGUUGACACAAUCGGAUAUAAAACAGGACAUUAUAUUGUUUGGUGCGGCAAAAGAUCCUGUAGCCCCCAUCAAGAAUUUUAAAUACUAUGAGGAUACUAUCAAUAAAGAAUACCUUCGUAAAGUGAUAAUUUUACCAGACUGUUCGCAUAAUUUAUGCUUGGAUCGCCCAGAAUUAGUAUGUAAGAUGUUUCUACAGGAAGUGAUUAACGAGGUCGAUUCAUAG